GGGGCACACAGUUUGGCAGCAGCGGGACCCACCUCCAUGCAUUUCCAACCCCUCCUAUAAAACACCCCCAUCCGUCGCCUUGCACCUCAUCCUCCCCACACGCAGAUAGCAUCACCAAAGCACCAACCUUUGUUGAUCAUCAUAUAUAUCAGGACGAGCGAUCGUUCGAUCACACAGACGCAAGAAAAGAAGAAGAUGAGGCUCGCGAGAAUCGCCAUGGCGAUGGAGGACGGCGGCGGCGCGUCGUCGUCGGUGGCGCAGCCGGCCACGGACUACGGGCGCCACUUCCAGCCGCCGCCGUUCUGGUCGACGCCGACGCCGUACCUCUUCAUCGGCUUCGCGGUGGUGAUGGCGCUCAUCGCCGUGGCGCUGGCCGUGCUCCUCUGCACCCGCCGCAAGGAGGACGAGGGCCGCCGCGGCGACGAGGGGGAGGUCGUGGCCGUGAGCGUGCUGGCGCCGCUGGACAGGGAGGACGCGGCGGUGCCCAAGGUGCUCGUCGUCAUGGCCGGCCACAGCGCGCCCUCGUUCCUCGCCAGCGCCGCGCCGUUCGCCACCUUCGCCGCCGCCGGCGACGACGCCAAGCCGCAGCACGGCGGCGGCGGCGGCGGCGGCGGCAAGGACGGCGCCGCCGUCGUGUAGGCGCUCGCUUCCCCUGCCGCUCGCGCCUAACUGGCCGAAAGAGAACGAUCGCGUGGGCACGAGCAAAGAUCAAGCUGGAUAUAUCGGAGAAGCAAUUUUGUUCAUCCUGACUUCCUUUUCGCUUUCUUGGUGUAGUUUUGUGACUUGCAAUGCUGUCCUUAGCUUCUGCACGUAAUUAGGUGCUGGAGGUCAGAGAAUUUGCAAGCUAAUCAUCAUCCGGUUGCAUCGAUCAUUUCCUGUUUCUGAUCUCAUAUAAUCAAGGAAGUUUUCGAGGUUGCGAAACCGGGCAAACGACUGUAGACUAUCUGUUUGGUUCAUCCAAAAACCUUUGGAUUCUGCUCAAACAUGAACCUAACAUGAA